AUGCAGGCUAGCCUGAAGCGCUCCAGCACGGCCAGUGCCUGUGCCUGGCGUCAGGGCCCCGCUCGCAAGAUCAGCGUGACGGUUGUCGACACUUGCAAGGUCGAUGAGCUUGCCGGCAAGAAGGCUGUGUACUGCCGCUGCUGGCGCUCCGCCACCUUCCCCCUGUGCAACGGCGCGCACGUCGCUCACAACAAGGAGACCGGCGACAACGUGGGUCCCCUCAUCAUCGAGAAGAGCAGCUGA